AUGAAGGUUGCAAUUUUGGGACCGCUCGGUACAUAUACACAUGAGGCAGCAUUUCAGGUUUUCGGCUCUCGUGCUACGUACGAGCAACGAAAAUCUGUUGCAGAUGUCUUUAUGACGCUGUCUUCUCAGGUUCCUCUCGCAGUCGUCCCUCAAGAGAAUUCAAUUUUCGGGAACGUUGUUGAAACAUACGAUCUUCUCAGAGCUGCUGACCCGACUUUCAUACGUGGCGAAAUAACCCUCAAAGUUGUGCAUUGCCUCCUUGUAAGAAAAGGGGUAAAGUUGCAUCAAAUCAAGCGCAUUAUGAGCCAUGAACAGGCACUAGGACAAUGCCGCAGCUUCAUAGCUGAGAAAUUGCCCUCAGCAUACACCAUAAAAACAUCUUCUACCGCUACUGCUGCGCAGGCAUUGUUAGACAAUCCUCUUGAUUGUGCUGCCAUUUGUUCCAGCAUCUGUGCUACUUUGUUUGAUGGACUCGAGAUUCUUUUCUCUGGAAUCCAGAACGAGCAAUCAAAUUUCACGCGGUUCUACAUUACCGCGUACACGCGAUCUUUCGACUUACCACCCUUUCUUACUAGUAGAUGCGAGAGAAAAGCUCUUGUUCGCCUUUCCGCUCCGUCACCGUCCUUUCCAGACAUUGACGCUUGCAGUUAUGACAUUACGAAGUAUUUGAAACUCCUAGACCUUUUCGCCGCUCGCGUUGAUCGUCGACCUUCACUGGAGCCAAAGCCGUUCCACAACGUUUACUUCGUGGAGGUGCAGGGUACUCUUUGCGAUGCUCGAGAUGCGGCUACUCUGGAAGCCUGGACCUCAGAAGUCGAGAAAGCAAUAACCAGGGUAAAACACGCUGGAGGGUUAAUUGAUUUAGUAGGACUGUGGUAG